CAGAGCAACUGGAUGUUCAAACACAUGCAUGCACUACCGUCGGUGAUGGUUGUGUUCUUCGAAUUGGAGUGGAACGAUCCAUACUGGUCUCGAAUGGAAUCCGAAUGUGCCGCUCAUUUGACUGCCGUGCGCAAAAGCUUGGAGGGACGGUUGUGUAAGCUGGUGGUCGUGUUGCUGCAUCAAAUCACAUAUCUCAAAGAUGAUCCACAGGCGGACGUGCGUGCUAUCAGUUUUCGACGUGCGUGCGAAGUGGAGGGCAAGAAUUCGCUGUUCAUUCUGCCGGUAAAUGAGAAAGAGAAGAAUCCCGACGUAUUCCAGGGCUAUGUCAACCGGCUGGACAGCGUAUUCAAGGACUUGGCUAGCGCAGCCAUCGAUGAACAAGCUGGGCGAAUCCGCAGCCACCGCGUGCCGGCUGGAGCGCCAGGAUACAGUGUGUAUACCAUCCGUCACCAAUUCAAGCUCGCCUUCUUCAAUGAAACCCUCUCUCGCAGUCACGAGGCCAUUCGCCACUACUCGUCCGCGUACUCGGAACUGCUGACUCUGCGCCAGAGCCGAAGCCAGUCCAUGACACAUGUGCAGAAGAAUGAGAUCAAAGCUAUGGCAGGGCUCAUCAACCAUCGCUCGUGCAGUUUACAAUUAGUACUUAAUCAUUGGAAGGCCAUAGAAUUGUUCCGUCGCCAUCUGUCGCACUUCAAAGAAGUUCCCACACUCGCCACACCGCACGCCAACAUGUCGGCGGCUAUCAGUGAUUCCAUUGUGGAUUCGUUCCGGCAUCUCAGCUGGAUCAGCAGACAAUAUCAAGUGUUUGGGGAGCUCUUUUUGCAGGCAGUAUCCAUAGGAGCAGUACAAGCUGACCAAAGCCAUCACCCCGGUUUCUAUCUGCGUCAGGCAGCUGUGGUAGCCAUCAAGAGACACAGUUGUUAUCGACAAAUUGUAGACACAGAUCUGGCCUCCGCAAGUCUAUAUAGGCUGGCUUCCAUAGAUCGCGAUGGCUCGGAAAAUAAACCUGCGAACACUUUUGUCGGCCAAGAGAUGAUACAAGUACUCGGACAAGCUGCGCAGAUGCAAGAGGCUGACUUUGUCAAUGAGGUGGUAGAACUACUUGCCCAAGCUCGCAUACAGUACAAACGCUUCAAAUGCGCACGUAUGACAAGGUGUAUAGCUGUUCAAAUUGCCGAUCAGUACCUCAGGGCACAGCUUUACGAACGCGCCUUCUUAGUCUACGAAAAGGUUCAUGUAGAAUACAGACGAGAUGGCUGGGAUGUACUAGUGGACAUUGUACUGCGCUCAUCGCUCGUGUGUGCUUGUGCUUUAGGCCGUCUUGACCGCGCCAUGCAGCUGGCGUUGGAAUGUUCCAGUCGCACAUUCAAUGGCUCACACGCUGAACGCGACGCCUGUUUGCGCCUGGCCAGAGCGCUAGGGGACAUAAACGUGCAGAAGGGAGUGGAUUCAAGCACGUCAGCAGAGAAUCUUCUCAUACCCACCACGUCCUCUGAUCUCACCCUGAUGUCACCAGCUGAUAGUUCUUUGGAGUGGAUCAUCACGAAAGCAAGCCACACCGCUAGAAGCAGCGGAAACAAAUCUGAUUCACCUGCAAUGGCUUCAAGCGAUGAGCUACUCGAUUCUACGAACGUGUUAAGCAUGGAUAAGCCUGCAAGCACUCCCGCUCUGAGAAUAGCAAUGAGUGAGUGUUUACCCAUAAUUAACUGUUCUGUGUGCAUUCAAAGCCCCACGUAUACAAUCGUGGACGAAGUGUGUGUGUCCGUCAACGUGGUGUCAAAUCUACCCCAGACCAUCAAGCUAGCUUCUCUUAGUAUCGCCAUGACAGAGGCAACCCUAAACGAGAGGAGUACAAUACACCACCAGGACACGCCAUUGAGUGCAGUGGUAGACACCAGCGCACUGUCUGCAGAGCCGGUGGUGUGUACUGUAUCAGCCAAUGAACGUACAUACGCUGACCUGACACUCACUCCUGAGGUGCCGCGCACAUACACACUCAUUAUGGGUGCGACCGGGGGAGCGGCUGGUAGCCGUCUAUUGGAGGUUUCCCGGGUGGAGUUGACUCUAGAUUUGUUAGAUGUUCCCAAGGUUGCAGGAGAGCAGGCCGACACCCACUUCGCUGGCUUAGUACCGAGGUUAGUCUUUGAUCAGCCACGCAUACUCCAUGCAGACAACGGGCUGGGCAGUGGUGCGAAUCCCGGCAAGAAUGCGAUAGCCUUGGAUUUGCCGGCUACUUCUCAGAGACGCUCCAUCAGCGGGAGUGCCAAUACUCUUGUAAACAGCACAACAGGCUCUUUGGGCGCGGAUUCUACAGUGGAUUACUCGAGGAGGCGUAUUGGUCUCAUAUGUGACGAGCGCGAUAGGAGAAGAGGGGUGGAAAUCGAUGUCCUCAACAGCCAUUCGGAGGCGUUGAGCAUAUUCCAUAAUGAGCGAUGGUCCGCACGACUCACCCCCAGGCCAUCCCAGAUGAAGGUGCGGCUGGUGCACAGGGAAAGCAACAGCAAUGACGUGGAUAUAACAUUCACCUCAGAUGCGGAUGUGCCAGAGAAGGAAAUGCCCGUUCCCGGACAUAUGUUGGAAGCUGCUAUUUCUUCGCACUUGAAUAUAAAGAAACCAACGACGCCCAGAAGUACUCCAGACAAUUUGUCCCUCGAAAAUUUGGCGCAUGAGGACGCCUUGGCAGUUGAUGUGACCCUGGCGCGGUCCAAAUCGACGGCCAGAACGGUUUCAAAUAGGAAAUACAUGGGUCUUGGUUCAGAUGGCUUUGGUCGUAUGGUGGAACUAGAUAGUAUCACAGCUGUCACUGGAGAAGUGAGCCCCAUACUGAUACAGGUGACAAAUCAUGAAGACGAUAUGGUCACUGAUUUGCGUAUCGAGCUCUGGGAGUCUACGCGGGACCUGAGUGCUAGUCCGAAUGCGCUUGCAAGGAGAGCGAGUAUCGAGUUGUUCCGCGGAGGCCUGCUAUCAUGGAGUGCAGACGCGAUUUCUGCAAACGGCAGCGACGGUUCCGUACAAUCUGAAAUAAUGCAUGGGGACAAUCAGAACGCAGAUAACUACACUCUCACGCACACAUUGGAGAAGCCGCUGCCUGAACUGUUGUCUGGUGUCACACACGACCUGUCCUUCUUCCUGCAUAAUUUGACAGAUGUGGAUGAGCGUGCAUUGGCGGUGCGGUUGUCUUAUAUGUGCCAAGGGGUGGCUACUGUCAGUGAGCUCUCUUUCCCACUGACAGUCAUCGAGCCGUUCGAAUGGCAAGCUAAGGUGGCCCACCAAUUUAGGCCUGUACGAGAGGAUGCGGUCGCCUCUGGAGACACCUUUAUGGUUAUGGUGGAUGCGAUCAGCAAAAUUCCGUUUGAGAUCGAUGUGUUAUCAACUGAAUUGCAGCUAUCCUCAGAUAUAGAAAUGGCGCAGGGCACAUCUCACGUCAGUCGAAAAGACUUUAAUUUAUAUUGUGAGCACGCUUGGAGCGAAUGCCUGUAUCUGAGGUGCAAUCUAGAUUUGCCAGUAGGACACAGUAAGGUUGUGGACGUGGGUGAGAUGCUCAUCCACUGGAAAAGCACAAAAGAGAAUCGACGGGGCAGCUCUGUCAUAUUGUUGCCAUCAGUUGUAAUUGAAAGGCAGCCGCUCGUACUUGAAACAGACAUUGCAUCGGUUGGCUUCCUCAAUACGCCGCUGACCGUUACACAUCGGCUAUUCAACAAAUCGAAUAGAGUACAACACGUGGCAUUCACAAUGGAAGCCAGCGAUUCAUUCAUGUUUUCAGGUUACAAAUAUAGUAAAGUGAGGGUAUUGCCCAUGUCGAGUCAGUCGCACACCUACCAGUUGUGUCCAUUAGCCUGUGGAUUGAUUGCACUACCGAAGUUGAGUCUCCACUCUAUUUCGGACGAUGUCACGAUCAGCUUUGCAACGGGCAACGUAGCCACACACCUAUAUGUCAAGCCUACUGAGCAUGUGCAAUAAAUUCUCAAUGAUACAUGC